CGUCUAGGUGGCUAAAUCUAGAUUUCUGGUAUAAAUUAAAGAAACCUCAGCAGUCAUUUCUCAAUUUUUUCCAAUUCCAAAUUAAAGGAAGUUGACUGCACAGUUCACAUCCUCAAGGCCGCUUCUAUAAAUUUUUUUCUUCAUCCGUAAAUCGCUCUCCCUCUCUUUAUAAUUUCGAUGACAGGAAUUCGGUUACAACAAGAAGAAUCAGCUGACCUAACGCAAAUCAGAGCUGCUGGUACCGGCGGCGAUCUGGUGUCGGACGACGAUAGGUCUGUGGCGGCGGACUCUUGGUCAAUUAAGAGUGAUUAUGGGAGUACUCUCGAUGACGAUCAGCGCCAUGCUGAUGCGGCCGAGGCUCUCUCCGCUGCCGCUAACUGUCGCGCCGCUUCUGAUUACAGUUCAGACAAGGAAGAACUGGAUGCUGAAGGCGUGGCUUCCAUGUUAGGUCUACAGAGUUAUUGGGAUGCUGCCUAUGCUGAUGAGUUGGCAAACUUCCAUGAACAUGGUCAUGCUGGUGAAGUUUGGUUUGGGGCUGAUGUCAUGGAUGUCAUUGCUUCUUGGACAAAAGGCCUGUGCUUUGAAAUUUCUCAAGGUUGCAUUCCUAAUCAUGUUGAUGAUAUCAAGUCUGAAACUGUUGAAGAGAGUGAUAAAUAUCUGUCCAGCUGGAGUGUACUUGACAUCGGGACCGGCAAUGGUUUACUCCUUCAUGAACUUGCUAAGCAGGGGUUUUCUGAUUUAACUGGAGUUGAUUACAGUGAAGGGGCCAUUAACCUGGCGCGUAGGCUUGCUGAUCGUGAUGGGUUUUCUAAUAUCAAUCUUCUGGUUGAUGAUGUUCUUGAGACAAAAUUAAACAGACAGUUUCAGCUGGUCAUGGAUAAAGGGACUUUAGAUGCCAUUGGAUUGCAUCCUGACGGUGCUAUCAAAAGGAUCAUGUACUGGGAAUCAGUUUCAAAGUUGGUUGCAGUUGGUGGAAUCUUGGUGAUUACAUCGUGUAACAAUACAAAAGACGAAUUGGUGCAAGAAGUAGAAAAUUUCAAUCAAAGGAGGAUUGAUGUAUCCCUGGAAUCAGAGUCCAUGAAGGGCCAUGAAGCAUCCAGAGAUCCUCCAUUUCGAUACCUCAAUCAUGUCCGAACAUAUCCUACCUUCAUGUUUGGUGGAUCAGUGGGAUCACGUGUUGCCACCGUGGCAUUUCUUCGAAACUGAACAUUAGUUUCUGCCAUGGGUGGGACACUGGUACGUUUUGAUGUGUAAGAUGGGAGGGGAAGUGAUAUUUUUUGAGAAAGCUUGAUGUUGUUGGAAUUGAAUACAAUGUUUGAUGCACUAAUGAUGACUAUAUCAAUUCAAACUCGUGAAGAAUGCAGAAAUGAUGUGAUUCAACGUUCAUUUAAA